AUGUCGUCGAACGUUAACGGCGUCGUUCCUUUGUGUCUCUCAUACAAUGAUACAAAAUUUAGCCAUUUCUGCUUAACGGCGUGCGUAACAACGGACCACUCAGACAGGUUUAGAGCGAUUGGAAUUGUAAGAGGUUUCCUGAACGAGCGAGCUCAAGGCUGGUAUGCCAGAUGUGGGAUUCCCUAUCGAAAAGGGUUCCUGCUGUAUGGGCCUCCUGGAACCGGGAAGUCCAGUUUCAGCUUAUCUGUCGCCGGGCGUUUUGGGCUGGAUAUCUAUGUACUCAAUCUUUCAAGCAUCAACAACAGCCGCCUGAGCAGUUUGUUUGCCCAGCUCCCCCCACAUUGUGUCAUUCUCCUAGAAGAUAUCAAUGCUAGUACAGCACAAACGGAAGGCAGUGGAACAAUGAAGAACAGCACUAGGGUUGAUAUAGCUUGA